CCAAAAUUAGAGACUCGGCCGGCGCAGAUUUUUGCUUCAAAACAACUGACAACUGAUUAACUGAGUAAUGAACUUUUAUGUGCUCUCCUGGCUGCUGUUUUUCCUGGCGCCCGGGGGUUGUCCCAUCUACAGCAUAGACCUGGCCACUUUGGAGGUGCCCACCAACGAUUUCCAGAACGAGCUGACACUCCAAUCGAUGCUCAGCUCGGAGCUGCGGGAAUACCGCAAUGGCCUAAACGAGCGGAUCGGUGGCCAGAGAGAAGAUCCGCCGCAUUCCCCGCCAAGGAAGUUCCAACAGCCCGAUUGGCUCAAGGAUCUGUCCAAGGUUGCGCGGAGUACCGCAGAGACGGCCCCUUUUCUGGGCACCAACCUGUUCGGCAUCUGCCGCAAGAACUGCUUCUCCACCGAGGACAUUGCCCUGAUGUCCGCCCGCAAGGAUUUUGAGUUGCUGGUACCCAAGUCCUUCCCGCAAUGCCUGCUCAGCGACUGCGUUGUCCACAUGCUAAUCAAGUACUUUAACACUGUUAACCAGAUCGUGAAGAGGAUGUCGGACGAGGACACUAGACUAAUCCUUCAGCGGGCUUUCUACGACGCUUUGGGUGGUUACCUUCGCUACUACCUGCUGCCCAUGGCCCAGGUUUCCUUCUACGCCGGUCGCCUCAAGCUGAAUACCGUGGAGCGAUUGGUGAACAUCUAUCGCCAAUGCCGAACGGCGCUCAAUACGAAUGGAAACGGAUGGCGAACACCGGAUAAAAACAUAUUAUCUAAGAUAAAAGGGGCCAGGAUCGAGCCUGUCAAGCUGCCCAAGAGCUGUCAAUCCAAGGAGGAUGCCUCCAGCUGUGCCCUGCUGGACCAAAGCUGUCUCUCCCAGAAGCCGGACCAGGACGGGAUGAUUGUGCCAUUGCCGCGCCUCGAGGCGGUGGAUGAAUAUGGCUUUCUGAGCAACAUCUAUCUGCCCUUCCGAAAGCGACGGAUCUACAAUCUCCGCUCUCCCAGAUCUGCCUUUGUCUUGGUGAGAUUCUUUCAAGCCCUGACCAGCUGCCAUCGUUUUCUAGACGUCAGCCAGGUCAACUAUAAUCGCCAGUUGCUCUCCUGGAUACGGGAAAACGUGCAGAUGCACUACCAGGAUGAUGUUUUCUACCCGGGCUUGGGAGGGAUUCUUCAGGUGCAAGAGAGGCUACUGAUUCAGAAAAAUGAUCCUGAGGAAGAGCCGGCUCCACCCGAACAAAAUGAGGAGACUGAAAAUCCCUCCUCAUCCUCCGGAGAGGACUCCCGCAAGCUGAGCCGCUCCGCCAUCCACUGGCAGGAGGCGCCAGACUCGGAACAGGAGCAGGCGCAUCAGGAUGAGUGGCUCUCGGGAUUGGAGAAGGUCCACACCCGCCAGGAUGAGCUGGAUGAGUGCCGGGAAUGCGACAACGAUGACUCCCUGAUUUGGUGCAUCGCCGCCUUUCUGGCCCUGCUCCUGCUCCUCAUUCUGCUCAUUAUCUGCUGCUGCAUGAGAAGAGGCAGAAAGAAGAAGGUAGUGCCGCUGGAUGCAGAGGCACCUUUGCCCAAGGAGAAACGGAUAAAAACUAAUGAGCCGCUCAUAGCCAGCGAACAGAAAAAAGAGGACAGGGACAAGGACCACGAAGGCGGUCACCGAUACUACUACUCGGGAUCUGGUCGCUACAGCACCUCACAAAGAUCAGUUCAGGAUGAUCGCUAUCCGGAGAAUCCUGAGCUUGAUUCCUACACCUCAACCUCGUCGUUGGGCUGCCAGUUCAACAGAAAGUGCGUGCCCCUUAAAUUCUCCCGCUCGAAAGGAGAGGAGUACUACGUACCCGAAAAGGGUCGGGACGAGGUGGUGAAGAAACUCCCCGCCCUAAGACUACUCUCCGAGGAUUCGUCCUCUCGCCGUGCUCUGCGAUCUGCCAUUAAACCGCCUCUAAACACAAACGAGUCCCCAAAUCCCACCUCGGAAAGCGAUCGUAUCGCCUUGGACAAGGAGAAGAAGCGGCAGAGGCACUUCAGCAAAGAGGCCAAGCGGAAAAAGCAUAAGGACACGGAGGCUAGCCAGAGAAAGGAGCAGACUAAAUCCUCAGAAGAGAGAAAGCAGUCAUCGCCGGAAAGGCGAACGACCAAUCGAGUGAGGAUCGUGACGGACAACGAGUCUACCGACGAUCCUCGCCUGACGAGAAAGACGUCCGAGGAAAAACCGGAACCCAGUGCGAGUCGACAUAAGGGCGGCAGUGAGGUGCGUCAAUUCAAUUCAUUAUAUGACAGAAGUUUGUUAUCGGUAAGAUCUCCCCAGUCGGUAAAGGAUUCCCCCAGCUGGGAAACGACAUUUGAGGAUAACUAACUUUGUUUUUUUUUGCGUCGCAGUUUUGUUAAAUGUAUAUUUUGUGAUAAGGUAAUAAACCCUUUUAGUUUAAGCCUUUAACCCUUUGCCAUGAGACGAUUGGUAAAGUCAAAGAAAUUAAAGAAUCUAAAAUUACUAAUUUAAACUAUUUUUGAAUAUUGCAAUCUGACUCAAACUAAUUUUAGUUCAAUACCAAUACCAGAAACUGCGUUCUUAGAAAGAAACGUGGAAUCGGAUUUGGAGACGUAGGAUUAAUCUGUCUAAUUAAAUUAUUUGUAAACAAUUGGGGUCACUCCCAGUGGUGAAACGUUGUAUGGUAAUAGCUAAGCGGUCGAGCAAUUUGUUUAAGUGGCAAUUAUGUUUUUAAGAUAAAAAAAACCCUUUGAGUUUAAUACACCGAAUCGAGAGAGCUGGCAACCAAAUGUGCAACAAUGCAAAGAGGCAUGCAAAUUAAUUGAAGAUAACAAAGGCCAACAAAAUCUAGAACCAAGAUCUAAACCAUAUUUUUCAAAGGUUUUUCGUGCUCGAUAAGAAUCUUGAGUGGCAUUUUUAAUGCUACUACUUUUGCAUCUUUGUGCAAUGUUUACAGACGAUAAUAAUAGUAUCUCGCACAAUAGUCUAAAAGCAAAAGGUUAAGAAAAAAAAUUGGCUAGUGUAUUUAAAGGUAAAUGGUCAGAAAUUAGUCUUUGUAAAAGUUUUAGAUACUUUGGAAUUUACAAUACAAAAACCUAUGACCUAUGCUCACUAGCAAAACAUUUAAAAAGUAUGACUUGGCUCUGGUUAUCCUCCCAAUUUUGUUGGCCUGCAUGUUCAAAUCGGAUAAUCAGAUAACGAGAAAUGAAGAGAUACUACAAAGUAGGAGCGUGCUGGGCAACAGAGGCAUCAAGAAG